AUGGCUUCGGCAGUCGCCCUCGUCCUGACUCUGCUGGCCAUCCAGCAGGGGAUGAACCGCGAUCACCAGAUCGAUGUGGCUGCGGCUGAGCGGAUGCAGCAGCGUGAAGAAUAUCUGCAUCAGCAGAUGGCUCGGCUGCUGCAGGAGGGUCAGCAGAGCAGGGCCGCGGAGGAAGCCACGCUCCUUUCCGUGUUGCAGCAGUGGCCGUUUUGGACCAUUGCAGGAGCCCUGGUCCUGAUCGCUGAGGUCAGCUGGCUGGCCAGGGAAAUCAAGCUGCCCUUCAACAGCCGCAGCGAGCACGACAGCUCGAGCACGGAGGAGGAGGAUGACGACGAUGAGCAGGAGGAGGAAGACUUCAGCGGCGCACACAAUGUUGUCAGGUCUUUGGCUGUGUCCGCCCCAUCGCCAAUGCAGGGCCUGCCCGACACGUGCAAGGUGAUGAAGAAGGUGGUGGAUGACCUCCUCGGCGUCUGCCGACUGCUCUGCAAGGGGACUUCCAUGCCACAGAUGCACCCAGCUGUUGGCAUGGGCGGCACCUAUGAAGCCUGGGGUGUCCGCGACAACAACAUCGUCUACUGCCUGCUCGUGUCCCUGCAGCCACCCCCCGGGCACUCUUUCAGCCUGGAGCCGCACACCACGGGGCAGCUGCCAGCAAGGCGCUCCAGCAUCCACGUGGUGCUGGAGUGCAUGUGCUCGAGGGAGCAGCUGCUGGGGAAUACUCUGUGCUUUCUUCACCAGCCCGACGGCAAGCUGCGGUGCGAUCAGAGCUCGUACCUGCUACGCACCCUCUGCACGCACUCCUGCUUAGACGUGGAGAAAAUCGCCUGCUGGGCCCAGCUGUUGGUGAGAUCAGCCUGGCUCCUGUUGCCUCAGUCGCACCACUGCCAGCUAACGGUGCUGCCUUCCUCCCAGUCCUGCAGGUUCCAGCUGAUGAGCACGUCCAAGAUGAAAUUCUGCACUGACAUGACUUUUGCAGUGCAGCAAGGCACCUCAGGCGCCUGCCUGAGCCUGGAGUAG